AUGGACUGUUCGGAAACAACAAAGACCCCAUUGGACAUCAAAAACAUGACGGAGGUCCAAGGAGGAAUCGAGGUUCUUCCUACACCGAGCGACGCCACCAACCUGACUCUCGAAGCCAUAGUGUCUCCGUCAGCGCCAUCGGUUGACGGCGGGAGCUGGGUGAUGGCGGUGCAAGUGGCGGCUAUUUUGAUAGUUGUGGUGACGCUGGUGGCCAUGACCUCGGUGUGGGCGGUGAAAGAAAUAUGGAGANCCAGGCAACGGUAUCCUCUCUCUGAAGAAGAAGAAGAAGCGGUCGGGUUGCUGGAGGAGGUGAGAGGAAGCCCGAGGAAGUAUGGGAGAUGCGCCCCCCUGACUGAGAGCGAGAAACUCUACUUACUGUGCAAUCUGAAGGACUUUUAUUAG